CCUCCAGUCACAUCCCACUCAUUUCUUUACCAAUCUCAAGCUGAAAUGGCAACCCUUACGAGAAAACACCUGGCAAUCAUCGUUUUAGCCGGAAUUUUCGCCGGAGUUUUACCAGCAUAUGUAGUCGCUCAAAACUGUGGCUGUGCAGCAAAUGAGUGUUGCAGCAGAUGGGGUUUCUGCGGCACCACGGAAGAAUACUGUGGCACUGGGUGCCAAGGAGGUCCUUGUAUUCCCCCUCCUCCAGUCAAUGAUGUCUCCGUAGCUGAUGUCGUGACAGCUGAAUUUUUCAAUGGAAUAAUUGAUCAAGCUGAAGAUAGUUGUGUUGGGAAGAGCUUCUACUCUCGAGAAGUGUUUCUUGAUGCUCUGAGUUCGUAUCCUCGGUUCGGCAGAGUUGGUUCAGCUGAUGAUUCAAAGCGUGAGAUCGCAGCUUUCUUUGCCCAUGUCACACAUGAAACUGGACACUUUUGCUUCAUAGAAGAGAUCAAUGGCGCUUCCAAGGAUUACUGUGACGAGGAGAACACACAAUAUCCAUGCAAUCCUGACAAAGGCUACUAUGGCCGUGGACCGAUUCAACUAUCGUGGAACUUCAACUAUGGACCCGCUGGAGAAAGCAUUGGAUUCGACGGAUUGAACUCGCCUGAAACCGUAGCCAAUGAUCCAUUGAUUUCGUUCAAGACUGCUCUCUGGUAUUGGAUGAACAAUGUUCAAUCUGUCAUGAGCCAAGGGUUCGGAGCUACCAUUCGGGCCAUUAAUGGUGACCUUGAAUGCGAUGGUGGAAACUCUGCAACUGUUCAAGCUCGCGUUGGGUAUUAUACUGAUUAUUGCAGCCAACUUGGUGUUGCCCCGGGGGAGAAUCUCACUUGUUAGGACACAUUACGUCAUAAUUACGUGCAUUUACCUUUUUCAUUUUUAUUUUAUAUAUACACUUUUGUUUUUAAUGCUAGUUUUAUUUUGAUUCUGUUCAUCCUAGAAGGAAAUAAAUUGUAAAAUUAAGUUUGUUAAUUUUAGUGAAAAAUAACUAAUGGACUUUUGUUUAAGUCAA